AAGGCUGUGUAAAUGUAGCCUCGGCCGUCGAGAUGGCGCUAGCUGAUUGAUUUGCGCGCAGUAGCAUGGCAGCUUCCGUUCUACAGAGUGUUUUCAAAGAGCAGGUGAGCGUUUCGUCGACUCCGUCGCGGUUCCACGGUUAGAUCAACGCCGAAGAAGCUCGUAAAAGGUUCUUUUGUGGUGUGGCCCGGUGUGACUGUGUGUGUGUGAGAGUGUGUCGCCGGUGUUCGAUUUAAAAAAAAACCGAACGAACAAAAACCAGCACCCCUCGAGAAAGGAGCAUCGUUUUACUCCCGUGUGAACUCGUGCAGGGACGAUCGAGGUAGUAAACUUCCUGUUGCUGGGAAUGUUGAAGAACCCGCUUCUCGUUCAAGCAUCCUGCGAAGAGGUGGGGUUCCGGAUAUCUAAAGCGUGCGAAUAAUGAACGCCUCCAUGAAAUAUUUAAUCAGUACGCCUCGCAGGAGAAGAAUGGCGAGAGGUUCAUGACCCCGUCUGACUUCGUGCGAAGUUACCUUGGCCUUUACACAGAUGCCGAUUACAAUCCAGAUUCCGUCAACCUGCUCGCGGGCAUCGUCGAUACUAGCAAAGAUGGGCUCAUAUCGUUUACUGAGUUCCAAGCAUUCGAAGGGCUGCUAUGCGUGCCGGAUGCUCUGUACAAGACAGCCUUCCAGUUGUUCGACACUAAUGGAAAUGGAAUGGUUGCGUUUGACGAGUUCGUUGAGGUGAUGCGGAAAACAGAGCUGCAUCUACGGAUGCCUUUCAACAUGGAAAGUAGUUUCAUUAAACUUUAUUUCGGAAAGGAUAAACAGAGGCUGAUCAGCUACGCGGAGUUCAGUCAAUUCUUGCAUGAUUUUCACGAGGAGUAUGCGACAGAGGCUUUCAAGAAAUUCGACAAAGACGGACAGGGUUUCAUCUCAGCGUUAGACUUUCAGGAUAUCAUGCUCAGUAUCAAGAGUCACUUGCUGACCAAGGAUGUGAGGGAUAAUUUAGUUGCCGCUGCUAGUAGCGGUCAGACUGGAAGGAAGGUCAGCUUUCCAUACUUCAUGGCCUUCAAUUCCCUUCUGAAUAAUAUGGAGCUCAUAAAACGUAUCUACCUGAAUGCGACGAACGGCCAUAGAUUCGAAGAGGUUACCAAGGAGAGGUUCCUUCAUUCCGCACAAAUGAUGUCGCAGAUCACACCUCUGGAGGUGGACAUUCUCUUUCAACUUUGCGACCUACUUCAUCAGACUGGAUCUACGGAAGAUGACGAGGCAGAUUCGGGGCUUGGGAAAAUUGUAUACAAUGAUCUCGUGGCUAUUACACCUGAGCAGUAUUUCAAGCAAAUUACAAAACGUCUCGCCGAGAUUAAGGCGGUGUCGAGCCCUGACGAGCGUGGUGUGAUCGUGCAAAUACUCGAGAGCGGAUAUCGAUUCGUCCUUGGAUCUAUCGGCGGAGCGGUCGGCGCUACGGCCGUCUACCCGAUCGACCUGGUCAAGACGAGGAUGCAGAACCAGAGGGCUGGCUCGCUCGUCGGCGAACUUAUGUACAGAAACAGCUUUGAUUGCUUAAAAAAGGUCAUUCGGCACGAAGGUUUCUUCGGCCUUUACAGAGGAUUGAUACCUCAGCUGAUGGGCGUUGCCCCCGAGAAAGCAAUCAAACUAACCGUCAAUGACUUCGUCAGAGAUAAGUUCAUGGAUAAAAACAGCAAUUUACCCCUUUACGGGGAAAUUAUGUCCGGUGCUUGUGCCGGAGGGUCGCAGGUAAUCUUCACGAACCCCUUAGAAAUUGUGAAAAUCCGGCUGCAGGUGGCUGGCGAAAUAGCUGGAGGUACGAAAGUCAGAGCAUUGACAGUUGUAAAGGAAUUAGGACUUUUUGGUUUGUACAAAGGUGCGAGAGCUUGUUUUCUACGUGACGUUCCGUUCAGUGCUAUCUAUUUCCCGAUGUAUGCUCACACGAAAGCUCGAUUGGCGGAUGAAGGAGGAUACAACACACCUCUGUCACUCCUUGUUUCCGGUGCACUCGCUGGUGUGCCUGCAGCAGCGCUGGUCACUCCUGCAGACGUAAUAAAAACAAGAUUGCAAGUUGUAGCUAGAGAAGGGCAAACAACGUACAAUGGCUUGGCGGACUGCGCGAGGAAAAUUUAUAAGGAAGAAGGUGCAAGGGCGUUCUGGAAAGGAGCUACAGCACGAGUGUUCAGAUCGUCGCCGCAGUUUGGCGUCACGCUCUUCACCUAUGAGCUUUUACAGAGGCUUUUCGUUGUCGACUUCGGAGGAUCUCGACCUACGGGAUCGGAGCACAAGGUACCUGCGACAGGUGUGGCGCAAGAGAUUCGAUCAACGAACCCGGAUCACAUAGGCGGUUACCAAGUGGCUCUGCCCAUCUUCACAGGAAUAGAAACGAAGUUUGGUCUUUGCCUGCCCAGGUUCCAAGCGGCAACCAGUGGAGGAAAAUAGAGCUAGAGAAGUAAGCUUGUAACAACCUCCCACCAUUACAAAACCAAAUACGAGCUCCACAGAACCAUGAAUCGAAUUUGACCAGAGAUUGAUGUAAGACUUGGUUUAAGAAACACUAAGACAUCCUGUCGUUGAAGCUGCAGAAUCCUCGAAGGCGUCUAUGGAUGUUAGACCACGAGGUAACGACUAUGAAACAAAUUUAUGGUGAUCCAGGGAUUGCUUUCCAUGGACCGGAGAGAUUCGAACGCAGAAAUAAUAAAACUUUAAGGAACCAGAGAUUUUUCCAAAUUUAUGCUUGAACACGUUAGCACAUCUUAAUUCGAGGAUACGAAGGAAUACUUUCACAGAAGCAUUAGAUGGGGCAGCAGGGAGUAAUCUUCGGAUUCUUUUAAUUGGAGUAUCGCAAGAGGAAAAGCUGGUCACUCGAAAGGGUGCGUCCUAGAGUCGAUGAUGAUAGAACAACGGUCAACGCGCACAAUCUAUUCGGCGAUCGUCGCUGAGAGACGGUUAGCAAACAACUCUCGGUUAGACGAGUCAAAAAGAUAAAAUGAUUUAGCCUAAAGACAUUAUUACACGUUCUUCAAAACCUCUUUACGCUUACGAUACUGAUCACUCGGCAUGGAGCUCGAAUGGAUUGGCGAUGCGAAGAAGCAGAAUGUCCCCCUAUUUUGUUUGUACAGGUUGAUUCUAGAAACUAGAAUAAAGCUCUUUUUUAAGCGAAGUCGUUAAAAGAUCGGUUCCAUUGCAGAAUUCAACUUAGAUAAGAGUUACAGCUUGUCUCAGUGUUUAGAAUCAUCCUGUAUAGUUUAUAUUAUCGAUAAUCCCGUUUCUUUCUCGCACCUCGUUUCUUACAUCUUGCUGUAAUCGAUAAAAUUUAUCAACGUGUAGUGAUAAUAUCAUCUUCGAUAGCUGCACAGUUCUAGCGAAGAAAACCACAAUAAUUUAUUAUAUAUUGCUUCUGCAGAAUUUUCACAGAUAAAAGGGAAGAGGGUCGCAAAAGGUGAAACGGUGCAUCAAUCUUUCUACUUUUUAUAUGUGUCCUUAAACUUCGAGAACGAAUAUGCUUGUUCGUACGCCUGUCGAAGAGUUCGACUAUUUUUGUAGCUUUAUAUUUCCGUACGGAUAUUAAUUACAUUUCUCCAAAGGUACUUGUCAGGUCUGAACAAAUAUUCUCGAUUCUAUUAGGUCGUUUCAUAAGUCCCUUGCGCAUUUAUAUACACAGAUGGGUAUGAUGCAUAAGCAUAGUCCUAUCGGUUCAAAUCAUACGACGUUCAUCGCAAGUUUAUAUUCAGUUUCCCAUCAGUCGUUACGGCGAGUUCAAAUAAGGUGGUUAAUAUUUUGCAGGCGAAAGCGAUCACGAAGAAAGUUCAUAUUAUGCAUACUCUGCUUUUCGAACUUAACAAAAGAGAAGACGCUAUGCAGGUUGUCGCCCGAUAAAACCAAAGUCUCGGUAAGGUUUGCUAUCACCGGCAUCAUAAUUUACUUACAUAAACAUUGAAGACCUAUGAAAUGACCUGGUAGAAUUGCUGUGGACAGUUUUCGUUACUCUCUUCUACUCUUCUUCUAGUCGCGAUUGUCAUUCGCUUUUCGAUAGUAUAGUACACAAUGUAGGUUCGUUCGAACGACAAUUGGAGUUCCGGUGGUUCGAUUACGCGCUAUCGUGGAAUUUCCGUUGUUCCGUCACAUAGCGAAAGCAGAGAGGCUGUGCCGCUUAUAAAUUUCAUUUCUUUUUUUCACUACGGAAAACUCCGAUCGUUCCGUGUUUCGCAAAGUUCCUCCGUAUAUAGCUCAAGGCUAGCAUUACUUGUCGAAUUUUUCCGUAUUCGAAUAUAACAAUGUAAUUUUAAUACUCGAGUGUUUGAAUACUAUUCGAGUACUCAAGUAUUCGAAUAAUUUGCGCUGAAAUUAAGUAUCUGGAUAUUCGUAGUGUUUGAAUACUGUGAUGUGGAUUAUAAAUCAAGUUCGCCUAGUUCAUCGCUCGUCUUUAAACUUUAUUUCCAUUUAAAGUAUUUUAAUAUUCGAAUACUCAAACAUUAUUUUUAUUAUUAUUAUUACUAUUAUCAUUAUUAUUACUACUAUUACUAUUACUACUACUACUAUUAUUAUUGUUGUUGUUAUUAUUAUUAUUUUUAUUAUUAUUUUUAAUGGGAAAAGUCUUUAGUACAAAAUACAUAGUACAAGAUAAGAAAAAUAUAAAGUAAAGUAACUGGAGGAAAGAUAGUAAGGAUUAUGUAUAUAUGAAAUCAGAAUACAGAACAGCCAAAAUUAAAUAGUACCGAGUAGUCUUCAAUAUAAAGCACGGAUCAGAGAUUUUCUGAAUUCAUGCGUUGAAUUACAGGAAAGAUCCACGGUAUCGUUGUAAUUAUUAGUAAAUAUGUUUAUCGAGUAGCAGAAAACUUGUUGGUGCUAUAUAGAUGCAGACUUCCAAUCGAUAGACCUUGAACCGUCAAUGUCAUCCUACCAGUACCUGAUGCAGGUACUACCAAGUGUUUUUGUGCUCAGUAUCCGUACAACUAACGCAAUCGAAUUUACUGUAAAACGGUAAGGAUGUUGUCAUUCCCAGUAGAAACACAAGAUUUAAGUAGUUUGAGAAUACCUGAACUUGUGAUGCAACCGCGCGGCACCUUGUGUACAAACAAUAUAUCAAAUAAUGAUAUUUAAAUAUUCGAGUGACAAUAUUCAAAUGCUGAAAUGCUCGAAUAAUGAUAUUGGAUUGCUCAAAUGUUCGAGUAAUGAUAUUCAAAUAUUCAAAUACUCGAGUAAAUAAAUAUUUCAUUUCCAUGUUUACCUUUUGAGUAUAAGUAGAAUAUUAAAUUAUUCGACUAGACCGAUUCCUAAUCAAUAGGAUCUCGUGCGAAAUAAUGGAACGCUUCGAAUCCCUGUAACUCUGUUCACGCGGAAUCCCUUGCGAGACUCGACAAGAAUGUACCGAAGCGAGAAAAUCCUGGACCUCGAAGGAUUGAUGUUCUCGUUCACUUUUGAAAGCAACGCGGCGCAGCCUCUGCGCGUUUAAGAGGAGGUCGCGUUCUAUUUCUAAGUAAAGAUUUAUCGAGAGCUCGCGGAGCAGCGUUUUAAACAAUGAGGAGGACUGGAUCCUUCGUCCCUAGAUGUUCGCGAACUUCGAGCUAUUUUUAUCCUACUCUGCGAGCCGAGAGUACUAAACAAAUUAUUCAGGCGAUCGCGGGAAAUGCUCGAGAAAUACUCUGUGGAAUGUCGCGACGCUUAUCUCUGGUUAUUUUAGGGUUCGACAAUGCUCACGAUUGUUCGACCGCCCUUCGAGGACUCGAAUAUUUUCUCUGUAACCGAUGUACGCGAGUACUUUUCGCAUUUCCCGACGGUCGGGUCGACCAAUAUCGCGGUGGUUCCCUCCUGCUCCCGCAGUUCGAUUUAAUAUUUAAACGAGAUAUAUACAGGGUGAGUCACCACCAUUAGUACCUAAAGUAUCUCCGUUGUUUUUAAUGAUACCAAGAUAUGUCUCCAGAGGAAAGUGGUUCUCAGUAAUCUUGGAAACUAUGCCUUUGAGCUAAUUUGUUUGUUUAUCAUAGUAUGAUCCCGUCCUCGCCAGUUUUUUCUUCUAAGACAUGUCUUUAUAUCAUUAAAAGCAAUGGAGACAUUUUAGAUACAAAUCUUAGAUGACUCAUCCUGUACACAGUGAAUGAAAAAACUAUUUGCACACCUGGUUGUUUGAAAACUUUAAUAAGAUUAUUAUUCCUGAGCAUAGCGUAUUUUGUUUCGCGUGUUGCAUGCUUUGUUGGUCGAAAUGUCGGGCCAAUCCCAGGAGUAAAGUGUUUAUGUUAUUCUUUAUCGCGAAAGAGCUGGGGCGAUGGAGUUGCAGCAAGUUGAAACAGAACUUUUCUCAGGCCUCGAUAUGAUACUUUUGAUCGCACGGUUGUCUUCUGUAAAUCACUUUGCAAGUUAAAACAGCAUUCGGGUACAGAACUGUUGGAUCUUUGCGAAACAGAAGACAACAACUUAACGAUAAGAAACUUGACACUUUCACGUCUGCUCCAGCUAAGGUAAUAGCGUUUUCAAACAUGGAAAUUGCUAUAACAUUGGUAACUUCAGAGACUUCAUGUUAUACUUACUUACAUAUAUUAUUUCAUAUAAAAUAGGUCUUUGAAUAAAAAGUUGUAAUGAUUUCAAUACUUUACAAUACAGUAUAACGUAUGGCAAUAACAGUCACUUAAAAUGGGCAGACGUGAAGGUGUUAACACUAUAGAGAUAUCAGAUUAUAUCUAUGGUUAAAACACCGUGUCCCACGAACAAGGUAUUAUCUCAUGACCUGACAUGCUGCGAAUAUCAGGUUGAAAUGAUGGAUAUAUUUUCGUAAGACAAGCAGAACGAGAAACAGGGAGAUCGUGGAACGGAGGAGAUGUAUUGGUUUCUAUGUAUCUGUGAUUAGAAAAGUAUCUUCUCUGCGGAGUUACGCUCGAACAGGUCGAUUAUGUACAUAGAACGUGAGGUGCACAUGUUUAGGAGUAUCGAGAGCCAACCAAAACGCGGAGGCCUGCGUUCUGGCCCGAAAUAUCAACUCAACCAUUCUGACCAUAGUUUAAUGUACAUAAAUAUGUUGCAUAUGUAAUAUAAUUAGCCCGUGUAUAUACGUGUUGUGCACGCGCGCAUAUGAUUGGCAACUGCGAACGUUUGAACGCGCCAUCGUAUUCGAUUCUAUUUGCCUGUACAGAGGAUUCGAGGAUGAUUGAUCGGAAGUCAUCGGUCAUACGAGGAUUUAUUUUCGGGGUUGGAGGUAGCUUGAGUAAGAAUCAUUUUUAUCUUAAUGGUGUUGUGAGUUUCCAUCGUCCAUUUUAAUUACUUAAUUUUAAAUACUUAACCCGCACAGGGUUAAUAUAAGUUGAGCGAAAUCAGCCGCGUUGAGCCUUGCGCGAGUCUUAUCUCACUACACAAAUUUGAACAAAUAAUAACUCCACAAUGGAAUUAUAGAGUUACAUUUGGGUUUCGAUGAAGUAUGAUUGAUACGAUCUCCGAUCAAUGAUCAAUCUACCAAUAAGCCUGAAAUUCGUGUAAGACUUUGAGAACCAGGUGAAAUCGGAUUGUUUUUUUAAAGUGUUCGCAGAUGUGCAGACGCAUACGAAUUAUAAUAAACGUUCAGGAAUCCGUCUCGAGCACCCGCAGCUCAAUAAUAAUACACUUUGGUUUUUAUACGUCACACCGAAACGUUUUUUCUCUUUCGACUAUUUCUGCACCGAUCUAACUUCGUUAUCGUCGUCGUCACAGUUUUCGAUGUUGCUACCGAUAUCCGUCGAGUUUGAAUUCCGUUCGUUCUUAUCGCAGCGAGGUUCGUUAUCUGUCGCGGGAGGACUUCGGGCGAGGAAAGGGGGGAGGAUGCGUCGGACAUUCGAAAAAAAAAAAGGAAUUGAAAAAUUUCAACUCCGUAGAGGCAGCGUCCUCGGAGAGGGAAGAAAAUAAAUUUCUUUUUCAAGUGGAUCGAUUAUUUUUUAUACUUUUAAGCGACUCAAGGAAAUAGUUUCCUUUGACGUAGGGUUAGUCGAGUCGAGGGUUUUUCCUAGUCGGCCUAAAAUCUAAGGAAAUCAGCUCAGAAGUAAGAAUCGUUUUCUGUUUUCCAUUUUCGAAGGAGAAAGUAACAUUCCAGAGCCGUCUCUAAAGAAAACCUGUCCUUAGUUUCUAUCUUAUUCGUAUUCUUUCUCAACGGAGGUCGAAAUUCUUAGAAAAAAAGAGCAUAGAUCCAUCAGGUGAAACGUUAAAGAAAUUAGUGAAAGUUGCUUCGUAAGACGGUUUGAGAAUGACGAAAAUUAAAACGCGGUAUCUAGAAUUUCGAUUUUUGUUCGUAGACUACUUUUUAGGAUCGCUCGUUAUCAGGAGACCUAUCGGAAACAAUGGCUACGCGAUUGCACAAAAGAUACAGGAAAAAAACUACGAGCAAAUUAGAGUAUAAAUCUAUUUUACGAAUUACUCGAAUGAAGAUAGGGAACUUGUUGAUGUGUAACGUGCGAGGGAUUGUUAAGUAUGUUAAAAGAGGAGAAGCGAUUAAAUCAAGAAGAUUAUAUAGAUAGAGUAAGCAAGUCGGACGAAUAAGUUGUAAUUAGAGAUAAAAGAGUGGACACCUGUCUUUCUCUAACAUGGAACCUUAGAAACGGAGAUACUCUCCCGAUUUGUUCUCUCUUUCUAUCCAUCUUACAUUUCCACUUACAAGGUUUCCUAUGACGCUAUGACUCACUACUCUAUCUAGUAUAUAAUCUCUUUGGAUUAAGCUCGUUUCCAUGGAACGACCGUCUCAUAUUCCAUUCGACGCGCAGAGAUAAAAGAUAUAAUCCAUACAAAACGAUAAUAUUAACGAUUUAACGAUAAAUAAUAAUUACAUGCUAGGUCUUUCUUGCAUGUUGACACAAAUCGAACCGACGUUCUACGAUCUGUGAUCAAUUCAUGUUAGUUUAUUGACGGUGUACCGGAAGGCCGAUUAGUUAGACAAUUUUCAAUUUAAUUCUUACAAACUUAUCCAGUCGUAAUAUCUUUGAUAAUUUAGAUUUAUCUCAUUGCGAAUUGUAAAGAUACACACAUUCACACAUACAUACGUACAUACAUACAUACAUAUAUAUAUAUAUAUUAUAUACAUACUUGUAAAUCAAAACAAAAAAAAAAGGAAAGAAGAAAUACCUAACUGUGAAUAACAUCUAAGCUGUUGUGCAUAUAUUUUAAAAUAAGAAUAAAUAUUAUUUAAGAGA